AUGGAUCCAGGUCGCAUCAUCCUAUACGUCGGAGAAGAGCAGUUCAUCACAACAAGAACGACUCUUGUUGAUGGCAUGGCAGAUGGUAGCCAAUACCUUGCGCAGCAGUUCUCGUUCGGAAACGCCGCUCGGCUGUACAGCUGCGGCGGCGUCUCGCAGCCCGAGUCUCCGGUGCCUUCGAGCUACUUCCAUCUCGACCUCGACCCCGGCGUGUUCCGCCACGCGCUGGACUAUCUACGAAGUGGCGUCAUGCUGUUCCUGUGGACAGAGGAGGAUGGACUCGACUACAUCGCCUAUGCGAAGCUGGAGAAGAUGGCGGAGUUCCUGCAGAUAGAGCGGCUGAGGGCCUGGCUGUCGAAGAGGAGAUAUCUCGAGGUGGUGGAAUAUGUCCACCGCGCCAGUCGUGAGACGCUUCCCAACCCAGGGGACCGCGGCGGUGCCAGCAAGACGCCGACGUCGUGGCGCCGCAGGUGUGCGGCGAAUGUUACAUGCAGUAUUGCUUCUGAGCCGAAUGCUUCGGGAUACAGGCGGGAGAAGGAGGUAUUGGUUGUGACGAGGGAGCUGAUUAUCAAUAACAAGGUCUUGUUUGACGAGGAAUGA